UACACAGUGUUUCAGGAAGAGAGAGAGAGCUAGAUAGAGAGAAAAUAACCUUUUCAAAAGUAUUUAACUCCAUAGUUUAAAUUAUUUAACUGUUGUUUUGCUAAUAAGCUACACCCACACACAUUUGCGAACACACUCAGUCAUGGAGGGAAACGUGAAUGAAGAUGAUGGGACUUUUACUAACAUUUCACUAGCUGAUGAUUCAGCUGACGGAGAACCGACAGUCCUGCGCUUCAGACUGGAGGACCAGUACAGCACCAUGCAUUGUGAGAUUGAUGGAGAUAUGGAGAAUCAAGUUGAGCAAGAGGAAAAGACGAGACUCAUAAACCAAGUGUUGGAGCUUCAGCACACACUUGAAGAUCUCUCUGCGCGUGUGGAUGCGGUGAAAGAGGAGAACCUUAAGCUCAAAUCGGAGAACCAGGUUCUCGGGCAGUACAUCGAGAACCUAAUGUCCGCCUCCAGCGUGUUUCAGACCACUGACGCCAAAAGCAAAUGGAAAUAACGAGUGGAUCACGUCUACAUACUCCAUCAUCUCCUCUUUCCAGCAUUCAGACUACGAGCUCAUACAUAUAAGCCGCUGUUUUGUAUUUAUUUUGUUGUACAAUUUACUGAUGCAUCUCUCAGCAUGGUUUGGGUAAUACCAUGGACUGAGCUGCUGACUUUCCGUGUCAGCUAACUGUGUUACAAGAUAUAAAAGGAUGCAUGAUGCAGUUUGUGAUCAGAUAAGUACAGAGCUGGUGUAAUACCACUCCUGUAUAAUUCAUUUAGCAGGUAUGUAACCAAUCUCAAGACCGUCUCAUUGGCUUCACAACCUUUUUAAAUACUAGACAGCCAACGUCUGGUUUUGAAGAGUUCU